AUGGGUUGCUGCUUCUCUCAGUCCGCUGGCCCAAAUUCACCUUAUCCUGGAGGCAUUCCGAAUGCAUCCGCGCGACACAUUAAUCCUCCGCCACUGAGUCUUGGGGAGAGCGCCACAGCGCCGCCCAGCACCGUCAAUCCAGCUUCCCCUCGCCGUCGCCGCCGCCGUGAUCGAGGACCUCUCGACGAGCACAUCAACAAGCCUUUGCGCCGCCACGUCUGGGCUUCGGUCGAUCGCCAAUGGACCAGAAAGGAACUAGACGCGGAACGAGCAGAAUACUUCGAUACGCGAGUCACCGCUCGACCGGAAAUCUGGCAGACGCUUCACAACGCGCUGCAAGUCUUGUGGGAGCCUCCAACUCAAGAAACGAACGACAAUGGACAGACGGCGCUACAGACGGCUCAGUCCAUGCUCACCGCUGCCGAGAUCUCGCUGCCAACUGGGAACUUGGUCAAUGGGGCGUACGACGCACUCGGUAACUACUACGCGCUCUCCGAAUGGAUCGUCUCAGAUCCACAAAAUAUAGUCGAGCAUGACCAUGAAAGGGAAGGUCUCGGCAGCGGCGAUGACGAAACGCAGGGCGGUGGAGAAGAUGCAGAGACGAGCAAAGAGGAAAAAGGCAAGGACGUUGAUGAUGGCGAGCAGCUUCAAGUCCGCGCCCGUCUUAGCGAAACCGGCAAUGAUAUUGCCGUCUCCGUAUCAAAGUCGGACAUUGUCAGAAUUGUCAUUAAAAAAAUGGCCGCUGAGACCAAGGUACGUCUGUUCUCCUGUUGGCGGCAGAACCUAGCUAACAACCUGGAGCUCUCUUCAGCAAAAAAGAUACGACUUGCCUACAUGGGCAAGAUGCUCAAAGAAACAGCGACACUCGAAUCACAGGGUUGGCAAGAGGGCCACAUCGUAAAUGCUCUCGUCUUCAAUCGUUGA